AUGGGGGACGAGAGAGGCAAGCUCGAUGAGUACGCUGUUAUUAGGGAAGGGGAGGCGGAGAUCCUCAUGCACCGCAGCAACAGCGUCUUCUACAACAAAACUCAGGUUUCGCGUUUUUUCGAUCCAUAGUCCUUUCUUCUUCCGCUGUUGGGAAAGUUCAUUCUUUCAGGUCUUCCUGCUGAUGAAUUGUGUAAAAGUCGGAUCCAGUUGAAGACCCUUUUUUCGUUGCUCGGUGGUUUGGGGCUUUGAUUUUGAACUUUGGACAUUUUCCCACCCCUCACCGUUUAAUUGCGUCCAGUUGAUCCCUGGUUUCCCGAAUUUAGUCCCUAAUCGCCAGAUGUAUACGUCCGAAUUACAGUCGGCAUGGAUCAUCUUUGGACCCAUUUAUGCAAGGAUCGAUGCAUCAGGGAGCCCUUUCGUGCCUUCGUUUCUUUCACUUUUCUUUUUUUUUUCCCGUGCAAUUUGUUUGAACUGUGUAUAGAUUAUCAUCGAUAAGGUAUAUCAGCAUCGUUUUCUGAUUUUAUGUGUGACAUCUCCGUGAUCAUAUUUCUCUAGUUAGCUCGUAUGAUGGGCUUUUAGCCGUGUUAAAUCUCACGAAGACAGUAUUUUUACGACCACUGCUGAUUGGAACUCAGGUCAACAACAGAGAUAUGUCCAUUGCUGUUCUGAGAACAUUUAUUUCUCGACGCAAAGAAGAGCAUGAUGCAUAUUUAACCAAGAAACGGAGGACAAAGUCAAAGGUUCACGGAGAGAAGUCUUCCACCGCAGUAAAAGAAGCAGUUACUACUGAGGAAGAACCCAGUGGAGUGCGUGAGCAAGAUGAACUAGGUACGUCAGAGGAACCAUCUAAUGAGAAUGGUGGGAGUCAUUCAGGGGAGCUGAAACAGCCGGCAGUUCUGGAGGUGCUGCCCCAGUUGACUUUUACCUUAUAGAUUAAUUGUAUUCACAGUAUUUUGCGUUGAAGCAUCUGAAGACUAAUGGGGGGGCUUCUUAUCCUGGAUUCACAGGCAUUGGCUGCUUCUGGUUUAAGAUCUCUGAGGUAUGCCCGUGAAGUUGAAGGGAUUGGUAAGAUAGUGGCCCUCGAUAUUGAUAAAGGUACUCUUUCUAUUAAACCCUGUGAAAGUAUGCUUUAUAUAUUUCUUUUUUUAUUUUAUUUUAUGAUGAAGGCUGUUGAUGAUCUUUUUGUUUUGUUUAAACAGCUUCUAUUGAAGCAUGCAGGAAGAAUAUACAGUUUAACGGAUCCUUGGCGACUUCAAAAGUUGAAGCCCAUCAGGCCGAUGCUCGUGUUUAUAUGCUCACACAGCCAAAGGAAUAUGAUGUGGUAACUAUCCUCUACUGCAUGAUUUUAUUCAUUUGCUAAGAUAUUAUAAGUGAUCCACCCUGCAGUCUGACAUUGAGAAAUACCAUCAAAACACCGAGGUUGACUGUUCAUUUGGAAUGCAAAGUGAGGAUUGGAGGCUAAAGAUGCUGACCCGGAAGACUAUGACAAUUGUGUUGCUACAUUUACUUCUGCUUUUUAUUGUUUGCAUGAUGUUGAGGGAUUUAGGCCACUCUUUAUUCAAAAAGAAAUUGUUAAGUUUUGCAAAUAUUGUAAUUUUGUGAACUCAGAGUAAGCUCCUAAUUCUGUGUAUGAUUUUAUUUCAACCGUCCGUUCCUAAGCUGGAUACUUGUAAUGCUCGUUUAAAUCUCUUAACAACAUGCGUUGUUAAAUGAUUGCUCUAAUCAUCUCUGGUUUAAUUAAUUUCUGUUUAACCCAGCCACGAAUCUGUUUUUUGGUUUCAUCAGCUUAUUCUGGUAUGUGCUAAACGCUUAAAAUUUAUGUCAUCUGAUCUCCGUUUGGCAUUUUAUCAGGUUGAUCUCGAUCCUUAUGGAUCGCCAUCUGUAUUCUUGGACUCGGCGGUUCAGUGUGUUGCAGAUGGCGGCCUACUGAUGUGCACUGCUACUGAUCUGGCUGUUCUUUGUGGUGGAAAUGGGGAGGUGUGCUAUGCCAAGUGAGAAAUAGAGACAUCCUUUUAAGGGCAAACCAUUUCAUUUCAUGACUUCUUCUUGCCAUCAUUUUAUUUCACUAACUCAUAUCUCAAUCCUGUACCAGGUAUGGUUCUUACCCAUUGAAGGGAAAGUACUGCCAUGAAAUGGCUCUAAGAAUCCUCCUCGCCUGCAUUGAGGUGUGCCCACUAGAGAUUUCAUCACUAAUGUCUCAUACCCUUUCUCUAAACUUCCAUCUUACAAUGGUUGUCUCGGCAGAGCCAUGCUAAUCGCUACAAACGGUACAUCGUCCCGAUCGUUUCUGUGCAAAUGGAUUUCUACAUACGUGUUUUCGUCCGCAUAUACACGUAAGUGUCUUUAUUCCUUUCUUUCUUUCUCUCUUUAUUCCAUGGGAUCUCUUACUUGUUGUGGUGCUAUCUAUAUCUUUGACCUCCUUGAACACCAUUGAUAUGCAACACUCUCAUUGUUGGAUCGUCAAGAUCAUGGCACUUGUUCAUAUGCCAGAAGUUGGAAAGUGCCAUAUUAAGAAAAAUCUUGACUGAUGCAUCAAAUACCUGAUAAUUAUGCCAUGUAAUAUUGUUCCCCCCAAUACCUGAUAGUGAAUAUUGCACUGAUUGGUACAUUUGUGAGUGUUAGGAGCUAUUGAGCCAUCUUUCUAUAAUCUCAGAUUUAUUUCUAUAACAAUCAAGACAUGACUAAUUCGCUAACAAGACCUUGCGAUUUUUCUCCCAUUAACUGGGAACGAUUGGUGGAUCUAUUUGCAGCUCCGCAAGCGCUAUAAAGAACACCCCUCUAAAGCUCUCAUAUAUCUACCAGUGCAUCGGAUGUGACUCAUUCCAUCUGCAACCUCUUGGGAGGAUCGCCACCAAGGUAAGUUUCUAGUAAUUCUAUGAACCCCUGCUUUGGGUGUUAGAUUUUCCCGCAUAGUUCUGAAACAGUAUUUCAUAUUUUCUCAAGAACAACAGUGUGAGAUAUGCCCCUGGCUUCGGUCCCUCAGUUCCCCAAGAGUGCACAGAUUGUGGGAAGAAAUUCAACAUGGGCGGACCGAUCUGGUCUGCCCCCAUUCACGACCUCGAGUGGGUCUCCUCCAUCUUAACCAGUGUUAGAACAAUGAAGGAGCGGUACCCUGCAUAUGAGAAGAUCUCUGCUGUCUUGACGACAAUCUCGGAGGUAGUAUCAGUUUCAUCUUACUCUCUUAUAUAUAAUGUUUAGUUUUGUGUCAUUAUAAUAUUAAAUUAAAGAAAAAAGUCUGCUUUUCAACGCAUGAAGAGUUCCCCUUUUGGGCAAAGAGCUUGUCAGAGAGUGCAUUUAUGUUUUAUUAAAUAUUCUCGUUAAGAAAAUAUUUAUCACUCUGGAUGCAGGAGCUGCCUGAUGUUCCUCUCUUUGUGAGCCUCCACAACUUGUGUGCGACGCUCAAGUGCACAUCCCCAUCUGCAGUUAUUUUCCGCUCUGCAGUGAUCAACGCUGGUUACCGGAUUUCGGGCAGCCAUGUGAACCCUCUGGGGCUCAAAUCGGAUGCUCCAAUGGACGUGAUUUGGGACAUCAUGCGCACCUGGGUGAUCCCUCCUCUCCUCCCUCCCUCCCCCUCUAUCAUCAUCACUCAUUGCUGAGGAUUGCGGAAAAAGACUAGAAUGAUUAGAAUCCGUAUUUAUUUAUUUAUUUGUCAUAAUUGGCGAAGAUGAAAUCAUUUUGUGCCGCUUAUCUUGAUCAAUUUUUAUUGUAUCUUUAUGAUAUAUUAUCAUCAGUCAGUGCUGAGGUUCAUGAAAAUUCUAGAAUUAUUAGAAUCCGCAUUUAUUUAUUUUUUGUCAUAAAUAAAUGGCGAAGAAGAAAUCAUUUUUGACUGAAAUAUGUUCGUUCACUUAUGCUGCUUAUUUUGAUCAAUUUUUAUUAUAUCUUUAUGAUAUAUAUACUGUUUGCUCCCCAGGAAAUUUAAUUUCGCCUUCUUUAUGAUUGAGUAUGCUUUCCGAUUAGAAACCAUAAUCAAUUAUUGUCUCAUGAUUAGAAAGAUGGGGAAAAUAAUCUAGACAUUUUUAUUAUAAUAUGCCACUUAUCUUAAUUUGCUUUCAUUGCAUCAUAUUUUAUUUCACCUAUUCUUGCCUAAUCAUUCUGUUUAAACAGGUGAAGACCCACCCAGUCAAAGCGCAGCCGGCUGAUCAGUCUGGAACUGUGAUCCUCUCCAAAGAACCGAAAUUGCAGGUUUGCAUUCACCGCCCCUUGUGCUCAUCCUGUCUCGUGCUCUUCCAGCCUUAGAUUUUAAUGAAGAGCCCAUACCAGAAAUCUGCCGGGACUGAGCAAGAACAUCACUUUUUUGCGUGAUAUCUUCAAAACUGGUGGGGGGUUUCUCCCCCUCCCCUCCCACACAUAGACACAGACACAGACACACAGACACACAGACACACAGACACACAGACACACAGACACACAGACACAGACACACAGACACACAGACACAUACAUAUCAUAGUCCUCUCGGCGGCGCCGCCAGUAUCUUCACCAUUUCUGUUAUGGGCAGGUUAACUUCGCCCGGGCAGUGGCAUCACUCAGCAAGGCCCAGGCUAAGAAGGUGGCUCGGUUCCUCCCAAACCCAGAGCGUCACUGGGGCCCGAAGGUCCGAGCCGGCCGCCAGAUCACCGCCAAGCACUCCUCCCUCCUGGGCACAGACAAGACCAACAUGGCUCUCGGGCCACAAGGCGGCGGACUGGAGGCGCCGCCCAUCACCGAUGAAGAAGAAGAGGAGCCAGAGCACAAGCGGCAGAAGAUCGGCGAUGAGUUUGCUGUGGCUCCAUGA